CAUCUGAUCCCGGCGCUCCAAUCACCAAGUCCUCCCGCCGAAGCAGCCUCUGCAUUUUUGUCUGGCUCAACGCUGCAGCCGCGCAGGAGGCGAACCGCUCCGCUCCAGAGCAGCCAGACUGAACAAAUGUGACAAUUCCACGGUCACUUUCAUGGCGAGGACAACAGCGACGGGUAAGGAGUUGUUGUGUGACUCCUGGGAGCUGCAGGACGCUGGGACAAAAUGCUCAUAGUGGAGAAGACCACAGACUUCCCCUCUGCUGAGUUCUCUCUGGUGGAGGAUGUGGCUCUGCAUUUCACUUGUUUGAUGGGCCGGCUGAACGAGCAGCGCCUUUUCCAGCCAGACCUGUGUGACGUCGACAUCGUUCUGGUACGCCAGCGAAGCACCUUUCCCGCUCACAAGGGCGUACUGGCAGCCUACAGCCCCUUCUUCCACUCACUCUUCGCCCAAAGCAAACAGCUAAGAAGGGUCGACCUGUCGCUGGACUCACUGACGUCACAGGGUCUGCAGCAAAUCCUUAACUUCAUCUACACUUCCAAACUCCUGGUGACCAGUCGCACUAUCAGAGAUGUUCUCAGUGCUGCCACGCUGCUUCAGAUGAAUGAAAUUGCAGCCUCCUGCCGUGACCUGAUCAGCAACCACUCAUUGAGAACCAACUGCACAGAUCUGACCAAUCAAGAGGGUCUCAGUAGCAAUGUGCCAGUUGCCGCCAUGACCCCUUCCCACCAUUUCGCAGAGAUCAAGCAGGAGUCUGAGUUGGGAAGGUUGUACACUGAGAAUGAAAACAACUCAUUUUCUGUGCGUGUAGAUGACAAGGGGAAGCCAUCCCUGCCAAAGCAGUACUACUUAAAAGACGAUAGGUUCCGUGGUUCUGCGGGUGUAGACGCUUUAUGCAAAGUGGAAGCUAGUGUGCAGGAGUCAAAGUCAACUGAGGGUCACGCCGCCUUUAACAGGGAUCAGAUUAUUGUGGAGGUCAACCUCAACAACCAGACGCUCAACGUAUCAAAGGGGUCUAAAGGCAAAUCGCCAGGAGCACCAGAGAAAGCUGCCAUGUUUGCUCCUCGCCAUGACAAGGAUAGAGAAUCUGAGUGCAGCGCAGAGGACGAGACUGAAAACGCUGACAACAUUGAUGACGACGACAUCAAGAGAGUACUGGGGCAGAGCAGUGAUGGGACAGAGGAGGACGACGAUGAGGAAGAGGAGGAGAACGCCAUAAACAUUCCAGGUCUGGACCAGACUGCUAUUUUGGAUCGACCACGAAGGGCCACCAGAACGAUGGCCAUGGCAGCCGUCUCACUGAGGCAGACUCUUACAGAGGCGACUCUGGCCAACCAGCAUUUGGGUGAGAAGAGACCCCUCGAUAUAGAGGGGCUGGCUCAGAAGGUCAGGCUUGAGGAGAAGCAACAUUUCUCCUGCAAGAAAUGCCCGCGUGUCUUCAACAACCGCUGGUACCUCGAGAAGCACAUGAACGUCACCCACAACCGCAUGCAGAUUUGUGGAAACUGUGGAAAACGCUUCCUGCUGGAAAGUGAACUGGUGCUGCACCAACAGACUGACUGCGAGAAGAGCAUCCAGUGCGUAACGUGUGGCAAGGCCUUUAAGAAGCUUUGGUCAUUACACGAGCAUAACAAGAUCGUCCAUGGCUACGCUGAGAAGAAGUUCUCAUGUGAGAUUUGUGAGAAGAAGUUCUACACCAUGGCUCAUGUCCGGAAGCACAUGGUUGCUCACACGAAGGACAUGCCAUUCACCUGUGAGACAUGCGGGAAGUCUUUCAAGCGCAGCAUGUCCCUGAAGGUCCACUCUCUGCAGCAUUCUGGCGAAAAACCCUUCAAGUGUGAGAACUGCAACGAGCGCUUCCAGUACAAAUACCAACUGCGCUCCCACAUGAGCAUCCACAUCGGACACAAGCAGUUCAUGUGCCAGUGGUGUGGGAAGGACUUCAACAUGAAGCAGUACUUUGAUGAGCACAUGAAAACACACACUGGUGAGAAGCCAUACAUCUGCGAGAUCUGUGGGAAAAGCUUCACCAGCAGGCCCAACAUGAAGCGACACCGCCGCACACACACUGGUGAGAAACCCUACCCAUGCGAGGUUUGUGGUCAGCGUUUCCGCUUCUCCAACAUGCUCAAGGCCCACAGGGAGAAAUGUGUGCGUGCUGACUCUCUGGACAUGGAUCCCUCUCUAGCAGCGCGCCCUCUCGACUCUUCCAGUCAGAUCCAGCUCCCCGCCACCUCCAGUGUCUCCCAGUCGCUCCAUGACGCGCAGCAGUGUCCUCCCCUGCUGCUGCCAAUGGGGGCGCUGUCUCCUAGCGCAAACUUACCCCUGCCGCCGCCGCUCUUCGCAGCCGGUAGGAUGAAGACUAACAAAUGUUGAGCACUUUUCUUAUUUUCCCGGCCUCGACGGCCUCUCUGAGGAGGAUUGCAGUGUAAUCUCUGAAACUACACACCCACAAGACCGAAAAGAAAUUUUCUACUCCAAUACAAUAGUAACCUCAGUGUCCAGUCGGACAAGACGUUUCCUCGCUUCUCCUCGUAACUCAGUGUCUGGUUUGUUUGGAGCUUUCUGCACAAUGUACACUGAUUGUAGCGUCAAAGUGUUUUGGGUGAGAAACACUCUAAAAAGAGGGAAUAAUAGUUUUACGCUAAGAUGUAGCCAGCAAUAACCAAAUGCUGUUGUUUUUUUUUUUUGGAUUGUUUGUUUUGUCUCUGAACAUAUUGUUGUGUAUGGCGUUGCCAAUAACCAAAUCCUGUUAUAGAUCUAAUGUUAUACAGCAUUUAUAAUCGCUCCUGCACCUUACAGGAAACUCUAGUGAUAUUUAAAGUGUACUCCUUAAUGUCUUCAUUUUUAUAAAUGUAAAUGUGUAUUUGAGCAUUGGUCGUGCAAGGCAGUGUAAAAGGCAGUGUAUUCACGUGUUCAAGUGACUGAAGAAGGUCACGUUCGCUCUUUAAAAGUAAGAGUUUAUCCAUAAGAAGCAACUUGAUUGGUUGCUUCGACCCUUCCAGUUCAUUCUACUAAGGAAAGGAAGUCGGUGUAGGUUACGUUCUCCUGAUGGAUCGCAGACUGUCGUUUCUUGAUGGAAUUCCCUGUUUGUAUAUCUAAAUGUUUUGAAUGUGUUUAAAAAGCACUGUGACUCUGUCAGCUUAGCUCUUAUGCUAAAGGUUCUACUUUUGAACAUGAGCACCAUCUUAGAUCCAGCCAGUGGGAUCUCUGGCUAUUGAACCAAAAUCAGUCCUGCGUAGGAUUAAUGAUACAGUUGUUCAUAGAUACCUGACGGUGACUUGUCAUCACUGUCAGUCCGAGGCUCUCAAGAGCGUGACCCCGCCUGGACUAAUGGUUACUAGCAUGUUUGUAGUCAUGUGUUCCCUUCCAUGCACCAUGGCUUGAAAUGUUUCCCCUCAAAAUGAAGUGGAAGAUUGCUUUAAAGUGUAAUGUUGGCGCAGAAUCAGAGGGCGCCAGACCCAAGUUUCAGGUUACAAUCUUAGCAACCUUAGAUGUCUACGACACAAAACACUUGAAUCACCAGGAUUCCCUAAAAUCCAAUAAUACAAUACAAUACAUUUUGGUUGUGGUAAUUCUCGUAACGUCUAACAACAGAGCUGAUAAUAUUUUUGUUAUUGAUUGUUCUCAGUCAAAAGAAUUAAUUAAAUCUAAAGUGCAAUCUUUUUUUAUAAUCAUUUUUAUUUAAAAUAUUAUGGUUUAGAUUUUUAUCUUCUUGACAAUAAUAAUUGAGCGUCAUCAGUUCAUUGUCAAACUACUCAAGCAUUGUAAAGUAAGAUAAGGUCUCUCUCAGCCAGUCAGGCUUCCCUGAUGUAUUGUUCUAUUUGGUUGACUUCUAGUCAAAAUUAUGUCACUAUUUUAACUCCUGAUGAUCGAUGUUGUUUAUAUUUUCCAAAGAUAUGUUUUUUAACUCACACCAGAUUGUUGUUUUCUUUGUUCUUGAGUUCUCUCACAUCUUAGUUGGGGCCUGCUUUUUCACUAAUCCUUCAGUGAGAUAGUUUACUUUUAUCAUAUCUAUUUGCUUCAAAAUAAGAUAUUCUUAUGGAGAAUAUUCCCCUGCUAGUUGACAUUUCGCCAUCAAGAUAAAAGUUAUACUUUCAUGUUCCAGCUACCCUGCCAGAGAGGAUUGUGGUCUGUUUAUGUGAUCUCAUCGCGAGUGAGUGAGGUCAAUGCUGUCUGUUUGGUUUGGCCUUUUCUUGUCUUUUAAGUUAAUAUCGUUCAUUAUCAUCUGCAUCUUUUUCAUAAUUUUCCCCUCCUGAAAGAUUCAUGGCAGUGAUGAAAAUGACUUUACGGGUUGGUCGGUUUCCUUUUGUUUCUUUGCCAACAAAAACACUUAGGAAUAACAUGCCAUCCAGGGCUAUUUCGGUCGCCUUUUUUAUUCCCGGUUACAGACUGUGUUACUCUGAAUACUCUUAUAACAUAGACGCUUCUGGUGUUGCAGCAGGAGAUAAAUGUGGAGCAGAUGGAUUGUUUAUUAACCCAGUGUAACAAAUCCACAAUAUUACAGGCGUUAGUGUAGUGUCCGUGCAGAACCCUGUCAUGUAUAAUGACACGUAGCUGUAGAGUUUUGUGUGCACAUUUCAGUGUGACUCUUUGAGAAUUAUAUCACUAUCAUGCGUGUACUCCUACAAAUAAUGCUUAAGAAAGCAGUGUAAGCGUUGGCACAAUUGAGCUCUUCAUUACUUAAGAUCUCUUGGGGGUGAAUUUAGAAAGAAUGUAGAAGUGACGGUUGGUAUGAAAUACUCGUCGAAAAUCUCUAAAAGCACUUUUGACAAACGUUUGUCUGUAAUCUACUGCAGCCGAACGAACUGUUGUACUGGUCAUGAGUUACAUAGUUAGGCAAUUUAUUUGUCAGGUGCAUAAUGGUCACCAAAUGUCAAAAUGUAUCGUCAAUAUCAUGUUGAAAAAACACUUUGAACUGCGUGUAAUGAGUUAUUAAAUUAGUGUAAAUCGCAAAAUUCGCUUCAUAGGGAGUCGUCAGGGCUCUCUACAUAUACAUCUUCAUAAUAGAUCAACUGUAUAACUUCAUUAAAACUGAAACGCUAGCCAGGUGCCGAUGCAGUUUUUAAACCAAAGGCAAAUGUGUACAACAGAUCUGUUUAGCAACAAGUACAUUUAAUCGGCUGUGGUCGAUAAGUAAUCGUGCACUAUAAUAACCAUGUCCAGAUUAAAAGGACGAUUGGAUUUCCAAGGCUACUGUUGUUGAAUGCUUUAUUUUCUGUAUUAUUUUCUGUGUAGACUGUCCCUACCUUGUUUGCCUAGAUGACGAUGAGCAACGUGGCUUUAGUAUUCGCAGUCAAUUGAUGGAUGAAAAUUCCUGUUUCCUCUGUACGAGUUUUACUAUUUUAUCGUGUUAUGAAAAAAAGCACCUUAUUUUAUAUCAGUAAGUGGCCCCUGCUUCUUUCACUUUAAAGGCCCGGACCGGAAACAAAUGGGGAUUUACUUGCCACUGUGACUUUUCUGCCGGUCUGUGGAGAACAAGCGGCACCUGUCACAGAUGAUUGUAGCCCUCUCGUGGCAGUUUAGCGCACUGCACCCACUCCUGCACUUUUUGCACUGAAAUGCGAGAAUAAGAACCCCAAAUGUUCAGAGCAGUCAGAAGCACCGGCCAAAGUGAUGGCUAUAGUUCUGGGCUUGUUUGUGUUGUCACUGCCAUAUGUGUCGAUGGAGUUGAAUGUCUUGUCUACAUGUGAACGGUGAGAGUUUUGAGGGGGCGAUCGAGUUUGUGACACUACUGAAGGAUGCACUUUUGAGUUGAUUGUAAGACUGGACCAGUGGUGGACAGCAAAAUGCUUUUUUUAAAUAUUUAUUUCAUGCUACUUUCACAAUGAAGAAAAGGAAAAAAAAAUCUGAGGAUAUAGUGAAGUGCUGCUACUCAGAUGCUAACAAUCAUUGAGUCAACAUCUGAAGGAAGCUCAGUUAGUAGGAGCCAAUGAUUCCAGUGCUGUCAAACUCAAGGUCCAGGGGCCAAGUUAGGCCUGCCAGGUCAUGUUGCAUGGCCCACAAGAAUUGGAAAUGCCUCAAAGUUAAACCAGAUUACCAAAAAAAAAAAACAAUAUUGUCACCCGCAAAGUCACCAGUGUCUCAGCUUCCAAAGAAGGAAAAAAUGUAUGCAUAUAUAUAUGCGUACAUUUAUAUAUCUGAUGAAAGAUGGGAAACAGGCUGAAUGUUUGUGUGAGGAAGCAAAGUCACUGGUGAACUAUAAACCUCUACGAAGAGUUAGACUCUUGUACUACAAAGGAGGAUUUACAUGUCUUGUUGAAGAAUGUUCAUUAGAUAUACAUUUUGAUAGGCCCACAACUUCUGACUCCUAAAAGUUUUGGUCCCUUUUGUGAUUGAAUUUGUCUCCUCUGCUGUACACUGUAAUAUUCAGAGUUUAUAGAGGACAAAGGUUAUCAACAUAUUAUCAUACGUUUCAUAUAGAAUUUAAUUUUGAGAAUGUUCUGCUACACCAUCACUGAAGACAUUAAAAUUAUAAAAAUGAAACUUUACAGCGAAUCAAAUAUCUGAUCAAACAUUCUCUCUGUAUUGGUGGGGAGUUUGGGAAGGAAAGGAGUUGUGAGAAUGAAUCCCUCAUAAAGCUUUGUAUGGUAAUAAUCCUAUGUUUCCAGAAUGGGCCUAUAGAAAUCAUUUUGAAAAAAACAGAAUUGCUGAAAAUUGAAAUAAAUCAGAUGAGUCACCAUGAAGGAUUGAUCUGAAUCGAUGUCAUAAAGGCCCUUUGCUUGUUUGCUUUCUAACCAGCACUCGGUGGGAGUGAAUUUAGGCAAAGGUGAAUCUGUCCUUGUCCUUAUAUCAUAGUUUAUGAGUGAUUAAGUGCCACCGCGGUGACUCUGCGCUCUGCGUGGCACAAAUGUGUGUCGCUGUCAGAGGAGCUUCAGGAAUGAAAGCUGGCGGGUUUGUUCCUCUGGAGUGUGUCCAGAGCCAAAAUGUCACUGAAGCAGCACGAGAGAAUGUUGGCUUGUUUAUGAACUGGUGUUGCAGUUGGAUUUGAGGUGGAAUGUGUUUAUUUACGCCUCCCAGAUGGUGCCACAUUGAAAAGCUCUGAAAUGAUGAAACUCUCAAUGAAACACAAGUGUGACCUUCAGUGACCUUUUUCACAAAUGAACCUGUAUUCAGUGUUAGUAAUCCAACUGGGUCAAAGACCAGUGUCCAUGAGUGAAAGCUGUUCUGGGUUUUACCCGUUUAGAUGUUUAGAUUUCAAAUGUCUCACUUUAUUUGUGCAAUGGCCUCCAGUGCUAGUCAGGAGAGCUACCACGCCUCCAAAGUUGUUGAUCCUCUCCACAAGUAUCACAACAACUCAUGACAUUUUCCACCUUUGACUGACCCGCAACAACUAUUUCACUUGAAACGCUUUUGACCUGCCAUUGAGACCAGCUGGGGACCAGGCGCUUCAAUCUUGGGUAAAAUCUGACACAGCACUUCAGCGACGUACUGCACUUCUGCUGUGUGUCUGAUAAUGACAACUUUAGAAUGAUAUACAAUGCGACUUCAUUUGAAGAUACUAUAGAAAUAAUAAUCUUAGUUUUCUUAUGUUGUGGUCAGUUCAUGGCCUAAUAUAAUCCAGAACACACAUAUUCACAAUAGUAGAAUGCUCAAUUUUAAUUCAGUAAUGUAAAUUACAAUGUAAUAACUAGUCAACAUCUAGGUACAUGGACAACUAAUUUUAUCAUUAAUAUCUAUCUUUUAAGUGUACUACAUUCUAUUUACAUAUAAAUGUAAGACAGAGCUCUGAAUCUUCACCAUGAGUCAAGCUAAACUAAUGCUAUCCUUUUUUGUGUUUUUAACAAAUCAAUAUCCAUUUCCAAAUCCAACAUGUCAGCACUUAAAAGUUUAGCUUCCAGUUGAAACUGUAAACUAUUGCGACUGGUCCAACAGUGUAGCACAGAUUUCACAUGAACCAGUGGAGGCUUCGGAACAGCUACUGUGUUUUAGGCCUGCUCUUUCAGGGUGUUCAUCUCUUCAGAGUUUUCAAAUGGUACACUCAAUACCUGAUGUUUUUAAGAGGACGACAUGUUCUUAAGUGCUCCUCUAACAAUGGGAACUGAUUUAAUCGUGUUUCAGUGCUAAAAUUCCACACAAACCUUGAGUUGGUGUACAGAGACCACGUGUAGAGAAGUGUGUGAAAAAACCGAGGCCAACAAGGACGGUAGUGUCUAGAGGUGCUAAUAACAUUGUACUUUCUGUCUUCAAUGUAUUUCUGACUGUUGUUAACUGUCUGUCACACAGCUGAACAUAACAACAUCAUUUCAAUAUUAAACAGUAUCGACAUAUUAUCCAGCCUCGGUUGUUCUUGUGUUUUCUGGUGUGUUUUUUUUUUAUUGAUUGUGUUAUCACUUUUAUUUUAUUUAGUUUUCCAAGGACUGACUUUUUUUUUUAAUUCAUUAAUGCUAUGAUGAAAACUGUGACCAUGACAUGGAAACAACCUGGGUGAAGUUGUUUAAUCAACAGCGGUCAUGAAAAGUUCUGCUGUGUUAGCGGCAAGUAGGUCAAAUACAUCAAAUGUGUUACAUAUAUUAAAUAUCAAAUAAUAAUAAAAAACAGUUCAAUUAAGUGAACUUUUGUAGCGUUCUAUUCAUUUAUUUUGACACUUGUGGAUAUAGUUUAAAAAAGAAAAAAA